AUGUCUAAAGGGGUGCCCAACGUUUUGGUUUUGUCCAUUGAUGAGUUCACCGAUAAACUACAACCGAAACGAGUAAGAGUCUCACGAGCUUGCGAUGUUUGCCGUGCUAGAAAGAUUAGGUGCGAUGGACGCCAGCCGUGUAUUCAUUGUACCGUUUACUCACACAACUGCACUUACAACCCUGCCUCUCGAGCCUCCAAAAAAUCAAGAACUGCCUCAGAUGUUUCCAACAGUAAGGGUCACACGUCUAAAAUUGGUGCCAAGAACCCCUCAACAACACCACAUAGCAAUUGCCGAGAUGAGCACCACUACAACCGUGUGAUACAGGCGUUGUUUCCCAAGCUAGGAAUGAAGAUGAAUGCCAGCGUUGCUGAUCGGCUAAUCGAAUUGAUAGCAAGGAAUAAGUUCCAGGGUUUGUUAAACGUCGAAGCUAUCGAAUCCGAAUUUCUUUCUCAACAAGCAGAAACAACUCCCGCAGAGUCUGAUGUAGAUCCUGAAAGCGUCAUGGCUUCCCCAGAUGUUUUCGCUCUGAGGCCAGUAGAAAUGAAAAUUGUUUUACCGCCGUUGAACAUGGCUAAAACUCUCGUUUUCAAAACUUGGAAGUGUGCGUGCGUUUUGUUCCGUUUCAACCAUCGUCCCAGCCUAGUAUCAACUCUUGAAAGCUUGUACGAAACGAAUCCCGAAGACUACACUAAUGAUCAAAAUAGAGCUCUACCACUUAUCUAUUCCAUCCUCGCUGUUGGUGCCCUUUUCAUGAAAGAUGACUUUGGCCAGGAUAAAGACAUACAAGAUUUCUUUCAUCAAGAGGGGUACAAGUACUUCACAGCGGCUCGCAAACUGAUAGAUAUCACGAAUAUCUCAGAUAUCUCAGCUAUUCAGACGAUAUUUAUGAUGACAAUUUUCCUGCAAUGCUCCGCUAAGUUGAGUACAUGCUAUUCACUUGUAGGGAUAGCCAUGAGAGCAGCUCUGCGAAUUGGGAUCCACAAAAAAUCAAGCCUCGUUAGCUGCUCGCUCAUAGAAGCAGAGGUUAAGAAAAGAUUAUUUUGGACUAUCUACAAGAUGGAUGUUUACGUCAAUAUUAUACUGGGUCUUCCAGUCACCAUCUCGGAAGGCGACAUUGAUCAAGAACUUCCUGGCAAUUUCAACGACGAAGAGAUUACGGACGCUUGUAUCAACACUAAUUCUUGGAGCCCUCAAAUAAGCAGUUGCGCUUUAAGCAAUGAACACACAAAACUCAUACGAAUCACUAAACGUAUCUACGAUGAGUUCCGAUCAUUUAAGAAAAAGGAACCACUAAGUUCUCACCAACGUUACGAUCAAAUUCACCUACUGCAGAGCGAAUUAAAUGAUUGGGUACUGUCUCUCCCACUUCAACUGAAACCUCAUUAUGAAUUCGUCAAUCAAGACGAAACUAAACGUUACAGACUGGCAAACUAUUUUUUGAACUUUGAUUACCUUCAUGCUACUAUUAUGUUAUAUCGACCAUUCAUUGACUGCGUGGUUCUACACCCAGAUAUAUUAUUGCAUAAGACUGAAGAGCUAGCCUCCGCGAUCAAAUGCUUAGAAACAGCUCAGCAAAUAAUUUAUGCUGCGGGAAAAAUGUGCCGGCAAAAGAUUCUGUGUGGAAGCUAUUGGUUUUCUGUGCACACUAUUUUUUUGGGAGUUACUUGCCUCAUGUACACUGUCCAUCGGGUAAGAUUGAACGGCCAAAGUGCCUUAAGCGAAAAGAUGUUACAGGAUGUUGAAAAAGACUUGAAGAAAGGCAUCAAUCUUUUGUUAGAUCUCAAAACAUGCUCUGUAACGAGCGAAAGAACUUUUAAUGUUCUAACAAAGUUGUUUGAAAGGUUUGAUGAUCGCAAGAUGGAAAGUUCUGUUGAUGAAUUUCAUAGACUGCAUAUCACUAAACACACGCAACUGGGGAAAAACCUUGAGAAAAGUCUUGAUAUUCAACCACCUUCGGCGACGCUGAAAUGGAACAUGCAAAACUUAGACAAUUUUGUUGGUGAUAACGCCAACAAUUCUCACAAUAUCCAAGCAGCUACUAAUCCCCUAUUUGAAGGUGAGAUACAUAGUACACAGAUUGCAAGCGACUCACAAUUUCUACCACUUGCUCCUUUUUUUGAAGACUCUUACCUAACUGGUAUGCUAGAUGAUUGGGACACGCUUCUUAGUCCAAAGCCGUGUUCUGAAUGA